AGCGUGCCUCCGUACGCCUCUAUAAAUGGCGUAGUUGGAGUUGGGGCGUGCACUUGCAGUCGCCCACCCCGACGCACGGGCUCCAAGGCAGCACGCAGGGUUUGGAACGUGUUUUUGAGAAUACAGAAGAUUUUGAUUCAUCGAUCUCCCCCCCCGCCCCAGGAUGUCCAUUACUAAGAUUCUUGCCCGUGAGAUCCUUGACUCCAGAGGAAACCCCACUGUGGAAGUGGACCUAUACACUGCCAAAGGUCGUUUUCGGGCUGCUGUUCCCAGUGGCGCCUCCACAGGAGUCCAUGAGGCUCUGGAACUGCGCGACGGAGACAAGAGCCGCUACCUUGGCAAAGGAACUCUGAAGGCUGUGGACCAUGUGAAUAAGGACAUCGCUCCCAAACUGAUUGAAAAGAAAGUAAGUGUGGUUGAACAGGAGAAGAUUGAUAAGCUCAUGCUGGAACUUGAUGGAACUGAGAACAAAUCUCAGUUUGGUGCCAAUGCCAUCCUGGGCGUGUCCUUGGCUGUCUGUAAGGCGGGUGCGAUGGAAAAGGGCGUGCCACUCUACCGUCACAUCGCUGACCUGGCGGGGAACAAGGACGUCAUCCUGCCUGUGCCGGCAUUUAAUGUGAUAAACGGGGGCUCCCACGCAGGGAAUAAACUGGCCAUGCAGGAGUUCAUGAUCCUGCCCGUGGGUGCGAGGUGUUUCAGUGAGGCCAUGCGUAUUGGUGCCGAAGUCUACCACAACCUGAAGAACGUCAUCAAAGCCAAAUACGGCAAAGACGCCACCAACGUGGGUGACGAGGGAGGCUUUGCUCCCAACAUUCUGGAGAACAAUGAGGCACUGGAGCUGCUGAAGUCUGCCAUAGAGAAGGCUGGGUAUCCUGAUAAGAUCAUUAUUGGGAUGGAUGUGGCUGCGUCGGAGUUCCAUAAAGCAGGAAAAUAUGACCUGGACUUCAAAUCCCCUGACGACCCAUCACGGCACAUCACAGGAGAGCAGCUGGGCGACCUGUACAAGAGCUUCAUCAAGAACUACCCCGUGAUGUCCAUUGAGGACCCCUUUGACCAGGAUGACUGGGAGAACUGGACAAAGUUCACUGGCUCUGUGGACAUCCAGGUUGUCGGGGACGACCUGACCGUGACCAACCCCAAACGCAUCCAGCAGGCCGUGGAGAAGAAGGCCUGCAACUGCCUGCUGCUGAAGGUCAACCAGAUUGGCAGCGUCACCGAGUCCAUACAGGCCUGUAAACUGGCCCAGUCUAAUGGCUGGGGUGUGAUGGUGAGUCAUCGCUCAGGUGAGACAGAGGACACCUUCAUUGCUGACCUGGUUGUUGGUCUUUGCACUGGACAGAUCAAGACUGGCGCGCCCUGCAGGUCAGAGAGGCUGGCCAAAUACAACCAGCUGAUGAGGAUUGAGGAGGAACUGGGAGAAAAGGCGAAGUUCGCUGGCCGUGAUUUCCGUCACCCUAAAGUGAACUAAUGUGUGUCUGUCCAGUAUGCACACGUCUUGUAGCACACACACGUCUCGCAGUUUCACAACACUUCAGGUUUUGAAAUAAAAAGAAACAGUAAAGCUGAA